GGCAGCCGGGCCGGGCCGGGCCACAGGCGGGGACCAUGGAGGCGGCGGCCGGUGUUUUGCGUCGCCGGCUGCUUGUCCUCGUGUUGGUGGCGGCGGCAGCGACGCUGUUCCCGAGGGCGCAGGCAUUACAGUGUUUCUGCCACCUCUGUACAAAAGACAAUUUUACCUGUGUGACAGAUGGACUCUGCUUUGUCUCUGUCACAGAGACCACAGACAAAAUUAUACACAAUAGCAUGUGCAUAGCUGAGAUUGACCUGAUUCCUCGAGACAGGCCAUUUGUAUGUGCACCCUCUUCAAAAACUGGAGCUGUUACUACAACAUACUGCUGUAAUCAAGACCACUGCAAUAAAAUAGAGCUCCCAACGACUGGCCCUUUUUCAGAGAAGCAGUCUCCUGGCCUUGGUCCUGUUGAGCUGGCAGCUGUCAUUGCUGGACCAGUCUGUUUUGUCUGCAUCUCACUUAUGUUGAUGGUCUAUAUCUGCCAUAACCGCACUGUCAUUCACCAUCGAGUGCCAAAUGAAGAGGAUCCUUCACUAGACCGCCCUUUUAUUUCAGAGGGUACUACAUUAAAAGAUUUGAUUUAUGAUAUGACGACAUCAGGGUCUGGAUCAGGUUUACCAUUGCUUGUUCAGAGAACAAUUGCAAGAACCAUUGUAUUACAAGAAAGCAUUGGCAAAGGUCGAUUCGGAGAAGUCUGGCGAGGAAAGUGGCGAGGAGAAGAAGUGGCUGUGAAGAUAUUCUCUUCUAGAGAAGAGCGUUCAUGGUUCCGCGAAGCAGAGAUUUAUCAAACUGUAAUGUUGCGUCACGAAAACAUCCUGGGCUUCAUAGCAGCAGACAAUAAAGACAAUGGUACAUGGACUCAGCUUUGGUUGGUGUCAGAUUAUCAUGAGCAUGGAUCCCUUUUUGAUUACUUGAACAGAUAUACAGUUACUGUGGAAGGAAUGAUCAAACUUGCUCUGUCCACGGCAAGUGGUCUUGCCCAUCUUCAUAUGGAGAUUGUUGGUACCCAAGGAAAACCAGCCAUUGCUCAUAGAGAUUUGAAAUCAAAGAAUAUCUUGGUGAAGAAGAAUGGAACCUGUUGUAUUGCAGACUUGGGACUGGCAGUACGACACGAUUCUGCCACAGAUACAAUUGAUAUUGCUCCAAACCACAGAGUAGGAACAAAAAGAUACAUGGCCCCUGAAGUUCUAGAUGAUUCCAUAAAUAUGAAACAUUUUGAAUCCUUCAAACGUGCGGACAUCUAUGCAAUGGGCUUAGUGUUCUGGGAGAUUGCUCGACGAUGUUCCAUUGGUGGUAUUCAUGAAGAUUACCAGCUGCCUUAUUAUGAUCUUGUACCUUCUGAUCCAUCAGUUGAAGAAAUGAGAAAAGUAGUUUGUGAACAGAAGUUAAGGCCAAAUAUCCCAAACAGAUGGCAGAGCUGUGAGGCCUUGAGAGUGAUGGCUAAAAUUAUGAGAGAAUGUUGGUAUGCCAAUGGAGCAGCCAGACUGACAGCUUUGCGGAUUAAAAAAACAUUGUCACAGCUCAGUCAACAGGAAGGCAUCAAAAUGUAAUUGUGCAGCUUUGCUGGAACUCUUUUUCAGAUGUGCUUCUGGGUUUUCAUUUGAGAGGUCAGCUGUUCUACCUCACUGAGAGAACAGAAGGAUAUUGCUUCCUUUUGCAGCAGUGGAAUAAGGUCAUUUGAAAGCUUCCCAGGAUUUCCUUGGAUCCCGGAAACAGCCCUGUGGGUCCUUCUGUGCACUAUGAAGCUUCUUUCCCAGGACAGUUGCAAAUGUUGUGUAGUCUACCUUUAUUUUUUAUUAACAAGACUUGUCUUUUUAAAAGAUUUCUGGUCUUAACUUUAUGUAACUCUGCUGUGUUGAUGAUUGUCUUUAAGGGUAAAGGAGCAAGAUUGUUGAGUUACACAAAACAUUUCUUACUGUUAAAGAACUUGACUUAUCCUGGUUAGUACAUUCUCAGAGAAUUCUGAACCACUAAAGAAGUUUCCUUGAUUCAUGCUUUGAAUGUACUGUUCUACGGUUUUUUCAGGAUCUUAACCUAAAACUUACAGAACUCUUACCUGAGUCUAAAAAUGACCUCAUAUAGUGGUGAGGAACAUAAUUUAUGCAAGUGUAUUUUGUAUACUAUUAGUGUUCUUUCACAUAUUCAUAAAAUUACAUGCCUUCACAAUGGGAUUGUACUAUACCAGUAAGUGCCACUUCUAAUGGAAAAGAAUAGAAUUGCUUAAUGUCUCUGUGUUCAAUCUGUAGUGUUUGAAUGCAAAAAGUUUAUUUAUCUGGGUAACCCCAAGCCUUUUUUGUGUUGCUUUUUGGGAAGAGUUUUUGUGAUGUCAUUAAGUAUUCCGUUUUGAAAAUGCCUUUCUCCUACCAAAAUGUGCUUGAACCACUAAAGAAAUGCAGUGGCAUUAAUAAUAAUGGUUGUCAUGGUCAUGUUGGAAUAUUCUCACACUGAGCUUUGCAGUUUUGUUGUGUUGUGGCACUCUAGAUGCUUACAGUGCUUUAAUAAUGUAACCUUUGUAGUAUACAGACUAAUUUUUCUGUAAAGGAAAGUUUGUCUAGCUGCUUGUGAAAGUGGUGUGGUAUUCUCUAAGCCAUUUUUCCCUUAUCUGAUCAAAGACAGUGUUAUUUUUUUUUCUAAGAAAUGAAUUACAUUUAAAACUCAAAUAUGGCUAAUGUUAAAUAAUAAACCUUUUCUAGGGAGGCAAAGGUAGUUAAUUGAAAUAGACAACAAAUGUGUGUGACCGUCACAUUUACUAUGUAGGUAUAAGUGUUUGGUGGAUUCUCUGUCCUUUGUAAGGUUAGAGUUGGUGUAGUUUUGAGGUCUCACUGCACUGAGGAAGGCAGCUUUUAAUUCAGUCUUUUAAAAUCUCAUUAUACGUACAGAUAUUACAGCUACCUGUUUGACAUGGUGACAUAACUGAAGUCAGUGUGCCUUUGGUACUGGGAUAGGUGGUAGCUAAAGGGCAUUCUGAAAGAAGGGUCUCUGCUUGCAAAUCUUUUCAGUGAAAUUAAAUGUUCACAGUGAGCUUGUCAUGGUCUACCCGUACCUGAUGUUGGAGUUAGCUGGUUAAUAAUUGGGUUUUUCUUCCAGUGCUGUAAAGUCCUUACAGGGCUUUUACAGUUUUCAGAAUCCUUUUUAUCACUGUGAUCUUACUCUGAGGAUGAAAAGGCUAUCAUAGCUGUAAGACAAGAUUUGACAAUAGUGAUGACAAUGCCUGGAUAAAGGGCCAGCAGAAUCACUAUUACAGUGUUUUGGCCAAGAGAUUAUGACUGUUUAUGGUGAAUUAAGUUGCAUUCUAGUAAUGUCUUAUCUCUUAUACCUAGAGUAAAUUUGAAGACUAUUUGGUCUUAAAUUACCAAAGUAAUUUUAGAAUAUAUGACAUAUUACAUAGGAAUUUAGUGUCAAUUUAAUAUGUUUAAAAACAUCAUGGGGAAAAUGUAAUUAGAGGUUAAUAUUUUCACUACAAAUUUGAGGUUUUUUUUCCUAUAGUUACCAUGAUUUCAUUAAAGUAAGUUUGAGAGAUUUAUGUUUUAUAGUUGUUAUAUUACUUGUUUAAUAAUCUAAGAUCAGGUACUUUUUUUAUUUCUAAACCUAUGAGAUCUGCUUUAUGAAAUCCAGGGGACCAAUGUAUCUUAUUACUAAAACUAUUUUCAUGUAAUUUUAAAAACAUGCCAAAAGUUGUCUGAUUUUAAAGUUGUAAUACAGUUUCUCACUUUAAUAUAAGGAAAUCAGUUUUUGCUAAAGAUACUCCUUAUUGCAUCAGAGAUUGAGUUACAGGUGUACUAUUCUUGCCUAAGUAGAUAAAAUGUGCUUUUGAUGAAUCAGGGAAUUUUUUAAGUUGAAAUUUAGUUAUUUUUGAGUUUACAUGUUUCUACAGCUAAUUCCUUUUUGGUUUAGUUUGAUGAACACAACUGGCUAACAUUUGAAUAUAGAAAUAACUUAAAUGCUGAGCUAGGUCAUGAUUACUAUGGCUAUAAUUGUAGAUGAAUUUACUUUUUUGUCAUUUAGAAGCCCAGUCAUUUGUUUGUUCAUCCUAUCCAACAUGCUCAACUUCCAUGAUUUAUUUAGUAUGGCUCAAACUUAUCUUCUAGAAAAUUACCUGCCCGCCCACAUUAUUUUGUCAGCACCAUAGACUCACUGAGUUAUAGACAUCCCUGGUCCUUCAUAUCUUCAUCUCUAUUCCUCUCAUUUUGCCUUCCUGCUAACCUCUGGCUCAAGACCAUUACCCCCUGUCUGCCUCCUGCUUUUUGACAGAAGAGUGGCUUUAUUUUUUUUUUUUUAAGGUAAGGUCUUGCUCUAGCCUAGACUGACCUAUAUAGUCUCAAGCCGGCCUCAGACUCACAGAGAUCCUCCUACCUCUGCCUCCCGAGUGGUGGAACUAAAGGUGUGCACUACCACGCCUGGUGAGUAGUGGCUUUUGAGACCUAGAGUGAAGUGGUCAUGGAAGCUAUGGGAUAUUUUGAUUUCCUUGAGUCACUGGAUGUUGCAGGGAUUAGAUGUCUGUAGGUAUGGAGAGUGAGUGAUGCAGCUUGGGGUACUCUGCUGGUUGCCCUGCUUUGACCUGAGCCAUGGGUGAGGAGUAGGGUGACUGCAAGGCAGCAGCUGUGGCAGCAAGUUUCAUCACAGUCAGUGUCCGCUUGUGAGGCUUGGAAAGCUGAGCGGCGCUCUGUUGCAGUGAGAGUGCUCAAGAAGUGCCUGAGUCAGCAUGCGGUGCCGCAGCAUCAGAGUCCCAGGUCUCCUUUCUCCCCGCGGAACUAAGUGAUCACUUAACCAUUUUGUAAUACGUGUGGGUGACCUUUUUUUUCUUCUCUGAAAACUGUCAGAUGUAGACAAUUUUGUAAAAACAGUGACAGAAUGCUAAUUAACAUGCACAACAAAAUAAACACACCAGACAUAUCAAACUUUUUUUAAAAACCAUGCACUGAUAAAAGAACAAUUGUAAGUUGUUUCUUGAUUAUAGCUAUGUUCUGGCUCCAGAUCAUGGAGAUUCCAAAAAAGGCUACAUUGCAGCUCAGCAGAAAAUACUUUUAUAUUUUGAAAUCCUAAAGAAUAUCACUCUGGAAAAGUACUGCAGCUUCUCAUUUGUGUUUUGGAAUUCCCAUGGGCCCUCUAUAGGAAUGCUGUGAGGAUUGUCAGUACACAUUAUUUUCAAUCCUAAUAUGCAAUCUUACUUGUAAAUGUAAAUUAAAAGUACAGUUAGUAACAUUGAAUCUCUUUCUUAAAAUUUAAAGUGAACCUUUUGUUUUUUAAAAAGAUUUGUGAAUUUAAUAUCAUGAACCAUGUUUUGAUAUUCCCUCUUCCACAUUGUGCCAAUAGAACGUGGGGUAUUUGAUAUUUCUUUAUAUGUCAAGGAGAUGCUUCAAAAUGUCAAUUGCUUUAAACUUAAAUUACCUCUCAAGAGACCAAGGUACAUUUACCUCAUUGUGUAUAUAAUGUUUAAUAUUUGUCAGAGCAUUCUCCAGGUUUGCAGUUUGAUUUUUAUAAAGUAUGAGUAUUAUGUUGCUAAAUUACUCAAAUGGUACUGUGUUUAUAUUUGUACCCCAAAUAACAUCAUUAUGCCUUGUUUUCUAUAUUUUAUUGUAUUUGUGCAAAGUUCUUUUGACUCUUAUCGAUGUGAUCUCUGCCCCAUGAGAUAUGUACAGAAGAUGUCCUUAUAAAUAUUCAUUUAAGUUGAAUGACUUUGGAAAGCCUGUAAAGAGAAGAAACUUGCAUUUCCCCAUAAGUUUUUAAGAAUUGUACAUUGUAUUUGUAGUAAUAUUCCAGAUGACCUGUAAAUAGGAAAUAGGAAAGUGAUGGUUCUGUUAAGUCCUAACACUACAGUAGAAAAAUGGAAGCAAUGCAAAUAAAUUACUUCCCCCCUCCAAA